ACAUGAUUCACCCCUGAUCUGUUUUAUGCUUUUUUUGUUUCUGGAACACAGGCAAAGUUUCAUAUUAUACAAGAACUUCUUGGUAAACUGCAUGCAAUUGUGGCUAAUAGUCAAAGAUGUGAAGCAUACAUGUCUCUUUGUAAUGAGUUGAAUGAAGAGAGGCAGAAGGCACGCUGUAUAAUGAAAAGCAUGUUUAAUAGAUCUUUUGGAGCUACAUUUCUGACUGAUACAGGUCAAGAAUCUGCUUUUGCUUAUCACAUCCAUCGAUAUGCCGAUGUGUAUACCAGUAAGCCAGAGAACUUUUUGUUCUAUCCACCAGAGGCAUGGCUUCAUGUACCUUACGAUAUAAAAAUUAUGCCACACCAUCUGAAGGUUUCAUCAAGCCUGUUCAAGACUCGGUAGCUAUCCAUCAGCUAGCCUGGACAGAAAACAUGGAAAAACACGUCAUCUAAUUUGGGUUGGUGAUAAGCUAGGCAAUAGAUGAUUUGCUCAUAUUCAAUGAUCGGUGUAAGCAAGCCAAAUAAGUUGUAGCAACCACUUUAAGUAAAUAUGUAAUAUUCAUCUUUUUUCUUGCUCAUAAAAAGAUUCUUCUGUCAUUCUUUGACUGUG